AUGGGAGUUUUUUGGUUAAUAAUUCCAACAACCUACACGUAUUACACCGUCAAAGAAUUGGGUGAAAUUCCGUUCUUUUGUCCAUCCGAAUACAAGUAUCCCUCCGUAACGAUGCAACGCAUUUGUAAAGUUAGGGCUUCGAAUAUCAUUCUUAUGUGGAUAAGAUUUAUCACGAUAAUAUUCAUUAUAACUUUUGUCGGAGUUGAAGGAGAUAAUUUCAUUUUACGCAUGGGAUUUAAUGAUGACCGAGAGAAGAAACGGGUCGUUAAUAAAGUGCAAAGGAGACCGAGGCAGAAUAGCAAAUGUGGUAAUGAUGUGGGGGCCAUGUUGGUUUGUUUGGACAAUAGAAAGAGAUAG